ACAAUGUCUUUAAAAACAGCAGAUGCAGUGGUUCACAUCUGUAAGCCCAGCAUUUUGGGGGUUCAGGGCAGGAGGAUCAGUUGAGGCCAGGAGUUUAAGACCAGCAUGGAAACAUAGCAAGAUCCUGUCUCUACAAAAAAAAUUUAAAACUUAAAAUUACACAAAAUUUGUCAUCUGUACCAGCUUUUAGAACUGAUUAUUUUAUCCUCCUCAGUGAUCUAUCAUGAAGUUGUGUACUUUGCUUAAAAUGCCCAGUUGCCUGAAAUUGUACAAAUUCUUGCUUAAAGUGUUUGAACUUAAAACAAAGUUCCCAUCUCUUACCCCUUAGCACUGUGCUUACCUUUAGGAGACCUAGUUCCAGUUUUUUAUUUUACAUAAUGCUCUUAGUGAAUAUGUGUAGACCUCAUAUGGUGGGUAAGAGAAUACUGCAUUCAGUUAGAAAAGACGAUAUAUGGAGUUUCUCUAGUCCACGUUCACAGCCAUGCCGUCCAAGGGUCCGCUGCAGUCUGUGCAGGUUUUUGGAUGCAAGAAGACAGCUACAGCUGUUGCGCACUGCAAACGCGGCAAUGACCUCAUCAAGGUGAACGGGCGGCCCCUGGAGAUGAUCGAGCCGCAUACCCUCCAAUACAAGCUGCUGGAGCCAGUUCUGCUUCUCGGCAAGGAGCGAUUUGCUGGUGUAGAAAUCCGGGUCCGUGUGAAGGGUGGUGGUCACAUGGCCCAGAUUUAUGCUAUCCGUCAGUCCAUCUCCAAAGCCCUGAUGGCCUAUUACCAGAAAUAUGUGAAUGAGGCUUCCAAGAAGGAGAUCAAAGACAUCCUCAUCCAGUACGAUCGGACCCUGCUGGUAGCUGAUCCUCGGAGCUGUGAAUCCAAAAAGUUUGGAGGCCCUGGUGCUCAUGCUCGCUACCAGAAAUCCUACCGAUAAGCGCAUCCUGAUGAUCAAAGUUCACCUGUAUAAUAAAGUUCUUGAGGGAUUUUACUGUAUAAAAAAA